UAAGUCAUUAGUGCUUAUGAAAUUUAUGUUAAUUCAAUUGUGUUAUUUGUAAAUUGUGAGAAAAUUGUGAAAAUAUUGAAGUUGAAAAAAGAAAAAAAAAAUACAGCUUUUCCUAAAAGGGUCUUGUAACUUUGUUGGGUCAUCAGUCAAAAAGAUAUUUGUGUGAAAUAAAUAGAAAAGAGAUAAUUUGUAUUUUAUUUUGUGGUAAAUUAACAUUAAAAGUGCUAAAAAUACAUCGUUUUCAUCCAUAAAGAUACAUAGAUCAAUAUCCAAAAUGUCUCAGGCGUUACCGAUUCGCUUUCAAGAGCAUUUACAGCUCACAAGUAUUGGAAUCCAAGCUUCAUCAAUUUCAUUCAGCAACUUGACUAUGGAAUCAGAUAAGUUCAUCUGUGUUCGCGAAAAAGUAGGCGAAACUGCUCAAGUCGUUAUUAUCGAUAUGAGCGAUACAGCAAAUCCAAUUCGCCGUCCAAUCAGUGCGGAUUCUGCAAUUAUGAAUCCAGCAAGUAAAGUUAUUGCAUUGAAAGCCCAAAAGACACUUCAAAUUUUUAAUAUCGAGAUGAAAUCGAAGAUGAAAGCUCAUACAAUGACGGAGGAUGUUGUAUUCUGGAAAUGGAUUUCUCUAAAUACACUUUCAUUGGUAACGGAAACUUGCGUUUUCCACUGGUCGAUGGAGGGUGAUUCACAGCCAGUAAAAAUGUUUGAACGUCACUCAUCUCUCAAUAAUUGUCAAAUAAUAAAUUAUCGUACUGAUCCAAAACAGUCAUGGUUAUUGCUGAUUGGAAUUUCAGCACAACAAAAUCGUGUUGUUGGUGCAAUGCAAUUGUAUUCGGUAGAACGUAAAGUUUCGCAAGCUAUUGAGGGACAUGCCGCAGCGUUUACAACGUUUCAAAUGGAGGGAAAUAAGGAGACAUCAACAAUUUUUACGUUUGCAGUUCGUACACAAACUGGUGGAAAAUUGCACAUUAUUGAAGUUGGAACUCCACCAACGGAUAAUCAACCAUUCACGAAGAAAACUGUCGAUGUUUUCUUUCCACCAGAAGCAGCUAAUGACUUUCCAGUUGCUAUGCAAACAUCACCUAAGUAUGAUGUUAUUUAUUUGAUUACAAAAUAUGGUUAUAUUCAUCUAUACGAUAUUGAAACUGGAACAUGUAUUUACAUGAAUCGUAUUUCAGCCGAUACAAUCUUUGUCACAGCUCCUCAUGAUUUGAGUGGAGGAAUUAUUGGCGUUAAUCGCAAGGGACAAGUAUUAUCUGUUACUGUUGAUGAGGAGCAAAUUAUUCCAUAUAUUACAACUGUCUUACAAAAUCCUGAUUUAGCCUUGAGAAUGGCGGUAAGAAAUAAUUUGAGCGGCGCAGAAGAUCUUUUUGUGCGCAAAUUUAAUCAACUUUUCCAAAAUGCUCAAUACACCGAAGCAGCCAAAGUAGCUGCAGUUGCACCAAAAGGAAUUUUAAGAACACCACAAACUAUUCAAAAGUUUCAACAAGUUCAACCAGCACCAGGAAGUUCUUCACCUCCUUUAUUGCAGUACUUUGGAAUUCUAUUGGAUCAAGGAAAAUUAAACAAGUAUGAAUCAUUGGAACUUUGUCGUCCUGUAUUGCUUCAAGGAAGAAUUCAAUUGUGUGAAAAGUGGUUGAAAGAACAAAAGCUCGAAUGUAGUGAGGAACUUGGUGAUUUAGUUAAGCCUACAGAUCCGACAUUGGCCUUGUCAAUUUAUCUGCGUUCAAACGUUCCAAAUAAAGUCAUUCAAUGUUUCGCUGAGACUGGGCAAUUCCAAAAGAUUGUAUUGUAUGCAAAGAAAGUUAAUUAUACACCUGACUAUGUCUUCUUGUUGCGCUCAGUAAUGCGUACAAAUCCAGAACAAGGAGCUAGUUUUGCCGCAAUGUUAGUAGCUGAAGAAGAGCCUUUAGCUGAUAUCAAUCAAAUUGUUGACAUAUUUAUGGAACAAAAUAUGGUUCAACAAUGUACAGCCUUCUUGCUUGAUGCACUUAAACAUAACCGUCCCACUGAAGGUCCUUUACAAACACGUUUAUUGGAAAUGAAUUUGAUGUCUGCACCACAAGUUGCUGAUGCAAUUUUAGGAAAUGCAAUGUUUACACACUACGAUCGUGCUCACAUUGCACAAUUGUGCGAAAAAGCUGGACUUUUACAGCGCGCUUUAGAACAUUAUACUGAUUUAUACGAUAUUAAGCGAGCUGUUGUUCAUACUCAUCUUUUGAACGGUGACUGGUUAGUUGGAUUCUUUGGAACUCUUUCAGUUGAAGAUUCAUUGGAGUGCUUAAAGGCUAUGCUAACAGCAAAUAUUCGUCAAAACUUGCAAAUUUGUGUUCAAAUCGCUACAAAAUAUCACGAACAAUUGACAACAAAAUCAUUAAUCGAUUUAUUCGAAUCAUUUAAGAGCUACGAAGGACUUUUCUAUUUCCUCGGAUCUAUCGUGAAUUUCUCUCAAGAUUCUGAAGUUCAUUUCAAAUACAUUCAAGCUGCAUGCAAAACAAAUCAAAUCAAGGAAGUUGAACGUAUUUGUCGUGAAUCAAACUGCUAUCAUCCUGAACGUGUCAAGAACUUUUUAAAGGAAGCAAAAUUAACCGAUCAACUUCCAUUAAUCAUUGUUUGCGAUCGAUUUGAUUUCGUCCAUGAUUUGGUUCUUUAUUUGUAUCGCAACAGUCUUCAAAAGUAUAUUGAAAUCUAUGUUCAAAAAGUUAAUCCAUCACGUUUGCCUGUAGUUGUUGGAGGACUUUUAGACGUUGAUUGUUCUGAGGAUAUAAUCAAGAACUUGAUACUUGUGGUAAAGGGACAAUUCUCAACAGACGAACUUGUUGAAGAAGUGGAGAAAAGAAAUCGCUUAAAAUUGUUGUUGCCGUGGUUGGAAUCGAGAGUUCAUGAGGGUUGCAUCGAACCAGCAACUCAUAAUGCUUUAGCAAAGAUUUACAUUGACUCAAACAAUAAUCCAGAACGUUUCUUGCGUGAAAAUCAAUUCUAUGAUAGUCAAGUUGUUGGAAAGUAUUGUGAAAAACGUGAUCCUCAUUUAGCUUGUGUAGCUUAUGAACGUGGAACGUGUGAUCGUGAAUUGAUUGCUGUUUGUAACGAGAACUCAUUAUUUAAGACAGAAGCACGCUAUUUGGUAAAACGAAAGGAUUCAGAAUUGUGGGCAGAAGUUUUGUCAGAAGCUAAUCCAUACAAGCGUCAACUCAUCGAUCAAGUUGUACAGACAGCGCUUUCCGAGACUCAGGACACUGAAGAUAUUUCAGUGACAGUCAAAGCAUUUAUGGCUGCAGAUUUGCCUAAUGAACUCAUUGAAUUACUUGAGAAAAUUGUACUCGAUUCAUCAGUCUUUUCUGAUCAUCGCAAUUUGCAAAAUCUUUUGAUUUUAACUGCUAUUAAAGCUGAUUGCUCUCGUGUUAUGGAUUACAUCAAUCGUCUUGAUAAUUAUGAUGCACCAGAUAUUGCCAACAUUGCUAUCAAUAGUCAUUUGUAUGAAGAGGCAUUUGCCAUUUUCAAGAAAUUCGAAGUCAAUACAAGUGCUAUUCAAGUUUUGAUUGAACAACUUAAUAAUCUUGAAAGAGCUUAUGAAUUUGCUGAGCGUUGUAAUGAGUCUGCAGUAUGGUCUCAACUUGGGCGUGCUCAAUUACAACAAGGUCUUGUAAAAGAAGCUAUUGAUAGCUUUAUUAAAGCUGAUGAUCCUUCAGCAUACAUCGAUGUCGUUGAUGUUGCGAGCAAGAAUGAAUCAUGGGAUGAUCUUGUAAGAUAUUUACAAAUGGCACGCAAGAAGGCACGUGAAAGCUACAUUGAAAGUGAAUUAAUCUAUGCUUAUGCACGAACUGGCCGUUUAGCUGAUUUAGAAGAGUUCAUUAGUGGACCAAAUCAUGCAGAUAUUCAAAAAAUUGGUGAUCGCUGCUUUAAUGAUAAAAUGUAUGAAGCUGCUAAACUCUUGUACAACAAUGUCAGCAAUUUCGCACGAUUAGCAAUUACUUUAGUGCACUUAAAGGAAUUCCAAGGAGCUGUCGAUGGUGCACGCAAGGCUAAUUCAACAAGAACUUGGAAGGAAGUUUGUUUUGCAUGUGUUGAUUCAGAAGAGUUCCGUUUAGCACAAAUGUGCGGUCUCCACAUAGUCGUUCAUGCCGACGAAUUGGAAGAUUUAAUCAACUAUUAUCAGGAUCGAGGAUAUUUUGAAGAAUUGAUUGGAUUAUUGGAAGCUGCACUUGGUCUUGAACGUGCUCACAUGGGAAUGUUUACUGAAUUGGCUAUUCUUUAUUCAAAAUAUAAGCCAGCAAAGAUGCGCGAACAUCUUGAAUUGUUCUGGUCUCGUGUUAAUAUUCCAAAAGUUUUACGUGCUGCCGAAUCAGCUCAUUUAUGGAGCGAACUCGUGUUCCUUUAUGACAAAUAUGAAGAAUAUGAUAAUGCUGUCUUGGCAAUGAUGGCACAUCCAACAGAAGCAUGGCGUGAAGGACACUUUAAGGAUAUAAUUACAAAAGUUGCCAACAUUGAGCUCUAUUACAAGGCAAUUCAAUUCUAUUUGGAUUACAAACCACUUCUAUUGAACGAUUUACUUUUGGUUUUGACACCAAGAAUGGACCAUACGAGAGCAGUAAACUUCUUUACAAAAACAGGACACCUUCAACUCGUCAAACCUUACUUGAGAUCAGUUCAAAGUUUGAAUAACAAAGCUAUUAAUGAGGCACUCAAUGGACUUUUAAUUGAUGAAGAAGACUAUCAAGGACUUAGAACAUCUAUUGACGCAUUUGAUAACUUUGAUAACAUUGCUUUAGCACAGAAACUCGAGAAACAUGAAUUGACUGAAUUCCGUCGUAUUGCUGCUUAUCUCUACAAAGGAAAUAAUCGCUGGAAGCAGAGCGUUGAAUUGUGCAAAAAGGAUCGACUCUUUAAGGACGCAAUGGAAUAUGCAGCAGAAUCACAUCAACAAGAAAUCGCAGAAGAAUUGCUUCAAUGGUUCCUUGAACGUGGCGCUAAAGAUUGUUUCGCCGCAUGCCUGUAUACUUGUUAUGAUUUAUUAAGACCUGAUGUCAUUCUCGAAUUAGCAUGGAGACACAAUAUUAUGGACUUUGCGAUGCCCUUCUUAAUCAAUGUGAUAAGGGAAUAUACAACAAAAGUAGACAAAUUGGAAGCCGCAAAUGCAGAACGCGAGAAGGAAGGUGAAAAUACAGAACAUAAACCGAUCAUCAUGCAAGAACCACAAUUAAUGUUAACUGCUGGGCCUGCUUAUCAAUAUGGUGCGCCUCAAUAUACCGCUCCACCAAAUAUGCCAUCAUAUGGCAGUGCUCCGAAUAUGCCAUACCAAAAUUAUGGCGGUGGCUUGUAUUAAAAUACUGAGUCAAAAAAAUACUUCGAACGCGCUUCUGUUAAGAUUUCUAUUAAUAAAAUAAAACGCAAUUUUAAUUGUGAAUCUUUAUUGACCUUUGAGAAACAAAAAAGUUACUGAAUAAAGCGAAAGAAGUAAAAAUUAAUAAAAUUUUACCAUCGUAACAUCCUUAUUGCCUCCCUCUGUAAAUAACAUGUGUAUUUCCUCAUCUUCACAUUCAAAAAAGCGAAAUUUUAGAUAAAACAAUAAUAUGUGGUUUGGAAUUACAAGCUACAAAAAUCUUAAAUCAAAGAAAAUAAAAUGUUUUAGUAAAGAUGUGAAAAGAAAAAUAUAACUUUUCAUUCAAUAGGGAAAUAUAACAUCAUAUAAUAAAUACAUUUAAUAAAAUUAAAACUAAUCGUGAUGAAAAAUACUGCUUCAUAGUAAAUUUAAAGAACUCUUAAAUUCAACCAAAUCAACAAAAAAAGGAAAAAACUUUUCUAAAAUUAGUGUCUUCAGUUUUAGAGGAAAAAAAUUGCUUAACCAACGAUUGAUUUUGUAAAAAGAGAGAUAAUUAAGCAAUUAUAUAAAGACACAUUUACAUCUGGCAUGACAAAAAAGAUCGACGAAAUGUCUUCAGUAUUUAAGAGUUAAACUCAAAGAUGAUGAUGAUGAUGAAUAAUUCAAGAUUGAUUAAACAGAUAACAAGUUGGGAUUCAUUAUGGAACUUGAAUGUAAACAGAACAUUUAGCAACAAAAGAAGAAAAAAAGAACUAUUAAUUAGUUUAAAAUAAUUACUAUCUAAAUAUAAGAGUUAUUAACAUGAAAAAAGAAAACAAAAACUUUCAAUAUAUAUUUUUUCUCUGAUUAAUUUAAUGCAUAACUAUUAAUUAGUUCCAUGAAAAUGUCUAGUUCUCUAAGAAAAAGAUUGACGAGAAUGAUGAUAAAAUUUCCAGAAAUAUUCUCCUGUUUAUCGAUUUUUCGCAUGAAUGAA